UUGACAUUUCCUGACAUACAGCAGUUCGGUUUUGAAAUUAAUUCGUGAUUUAGUUGUGUGUUAUUUUAUUUGUAAGAUUAUCACAUAUUCAAAGGCGAGCGGGAAAGCUGGUGGUUGUCAGCUGUCAAAAACGUCGAGAUGGAAGCGAAGGUGAAGGAAGAAGUGCCGGAUAAGGACUACAGCCAGCCGACGUCCACCGAGAGGAGGAAAUCUACAACAACAAACAAAGAACACAGAUCUCCGGAACAGGAGGAGACCAGGUCCUCGCCGACGCCCGGCCCCCCGAGCCCUCAGAACAACGGAACUACUGCAGCUCUGUCCUCAACGGAGUCCCUGUCUCCUCCACUCGCUGAUGGAGCACGGGCCCCAGCUCUGCAGCGGCUUCGGCGAUUCCUCUCGGCUCUGCAGCAGUUCGCCACGGACGUUGGCGCUGAAAUCGGCGAGAGAGUUAAACAUCUUAUCCACAAUCUUGUGGCAGGUACAAUGAACGUCGAGGAGUUCCAGAGCGGCGUGCAGGAGUGCACCAACUACCCGCUGCGGGCCUCCGUGCCGGGGUUCCUCCGCGCGCUGCUGCCGCUAGCACAGCGAGACCUGCACGCGCGCGCCCGCAGAGCCAAGCAGACCCCCCUGCAGUACAUCAGAUCUCACGAGCACCUGAUCUUGGAGUCAGGGGGAGACUCCAGCGACAUAUUCGCUCCGCAGCAUCCCGGGACAGUUCCCGAAGGGGGCAUCAAGAGACGAGCAAGUGAUCCGUUCUACGAGACUUCGCAAACAAACGGCGCACAUCCAGAAGACUUCCCUCCUCAUGCAAAAAGACCUCCCCCCUCCAGCUUGUUCACGACCUCCCCCUUUUUAUACCCUCUGCCCAGCAACGCGAGCUUGUUCGAAUACGGCCACUACCAAGGGUUUCAUGCCGGACACAGUGAUCCUGGAUUUGAAAGAAGAGAUGGUGGUAUUUCGGUUCGAGAUGUCUCCUCAAUGAACGCGCCGUUCGAGCCGCGAGGAUCCAGUUCCUCGUCAGUCGGCUUGCUCAAGACCGAUGAUGAGUGGAGGAACAUCAACACCAUGCUUAACUGCAUCCUCAGCAUGGUAGAGAAGACCAAACGGGCUUUGGCUAUAUUACAGCAAAGAGGAGUGGAGCCGCCAGAAAAUAAUGAUAUCAAGAGAACUGCAAACGAGAUCAUGGCAGCGGCCGUCCGGCAGACUGAAGAGCGAGUGGCAGAGGUUCGGAGACGGGCUGAAGAUGCUGUCAAUCAGGUAAAAAGACAGGCUCUGAUAGAGCUGCAGAGAGCCGUGGGUGCGGCGGAGAGCAAGGCGCUCGAGCUGGUGGCGCCGCCCAACCCCCCCGCCGCGCCCGCCGCCCCGCCUGCCCACCCCGCGCACCCCGCGCCACCGCUCAGCCCCACUCCAGCGCCACACCAUACGUGCUGCUGGAACUGCGGCCGGAAGGCUCAAGAGACGUGCUCUGGAUGUAACUCGGCGCGGUACUGCGGCUCCUUCUGUCAGCACAAGGACUGGGAGAACCAUCACCAGGUGUGCAGCGGUCGUGACCAGAAGCCAACGGCUCUGAUUCGAACCUCUCCCCCGACCACCCAACCCAGCCUCAAGCCGCGAUCGACCACCCCGAUAGCGGCCGCCGCCCAGCCCGACAGCCGCCUGUCCCUGAGCACGCUGGGCACGGCCGAGCGCCUGCUGACGGCGGAGCGCCCGCUGGCGACCGGCGCCGACCGCCUGGCGCUGGCGACUCUGUCAGCGGCCCAGAGUGCCGGCGGCGUCGGCACCAAGAAAUGACGCACCAGCAAGGAUGUCACCGUCAAAUGUCCUAAAAGAGUCAGGAGAUGAACCUUGUAACAAACAAAACUUUGAAACGUCAAGAGUAAUUAAAAAAAUCUUAAUAGUGUAAAGUAUGUUUGGUUGAUCACGAUCACUAGCGUUUAGCAAAAAUUGUUCAAGCUCUACAAAAGCACCACACAGCGGAAAGGUAAUCUGCCUAGAAGCAAUUAACAUUAAAAAAUUAAAGCAAAUAAACAAACAAAAAUUAAAGCAUCUCCAUAUCCGGCGCCACUCAAUCCGUAUUUGACUACCCAAGUUUUGCAAACUGCAAUUUUCAAAGUUUUCACACAUGGCCCCUGUGCUCGAGCAAUGACUGAUAAUCAUUCCACCACCUCGCCUCCGAAGCUCCAUAAAGCUGUAUGUUUUAAUUUAGGAUAUAUCUUCACACCAAGCAAUCCAGCAGAGGCUUGCUCACACAAAAUCAUUAGCCAUUUGCAUAUGCCAAGCGCAGGUAGCCAGGUCCGCGUUGUAAUGACAUUAAUUCACUAAUGUCAACUGUCAAAUGAUAUCAAUGAUAUUCGCAAUCAACAAACCUUGUGAGAUGCAAUACGUUUAAUUUGUAAACUAAAAUUAAAAGCUAUUUCUGCUGAUUCUUCUUCGACUGAUGGUCGGCUUCCAUGGGUUCCUACACAACGAUACUACGGGUGCUUCUGAUACGAAAAUUGACAGGCCGUCUGUAACUGUCAAUGUACCUACUAUUGUUCAAUGUUUUUAUUUCUAUUGUUGAUGUUCAUAACAAAUAAUGCAUUACCGGGAGCUCACAGUUCGCAAUCUGUUAGCCCUGUUUUGACUUUAUUAUUAUCAUUAGGUAAGUAUGCAUGCUUAAGGCAUGUGACACAAUUCGGAAAAAAAAACUUAAGUCAAAUUAAUUUAAAAAUCAAUUUUAUUACUAUAGCAUAAUGUAUGAUUUCCAUACGAUCUUCAGGCAUAAAUAUAAAGGAGCAUUAGAAAAUAUUAAAUAAAAAAUUAAGCUAAAAAAAAUUUCUGUACUUUUAAGCAAAAGGUUUAGGGAUUUCUACCAAAGAUAUUUAGUUUUUAAAAAAAUUCAAAGGUUUAUUUUUGUUUUAGUUUUAUUCCGUUUUGUAAAUAAAACGUAGUGCCAUAAGUUUAUAUUAGAAUACCGACUGUCAUUAAAUAUUGAAGUAAGUAAUUACAAAAAGUAUGUCAAAUAAUUGUUAAAAUAAUUGUAAUUUUACUUAUACUUUUAUUUAGUU